AUGGGGAAAAGGAAGAUUGCGAUUGAGAGGAUUGAUGAUAUACCGAACAGGCAAGUCACUUUCUCAAAGAGACGAAGUGGUUUGGUCAAGAAGGCAAGGGAGCUUGCGAUCCUCUGUGACGUACAAGUUGGGGUCAUCGUCUUCUCGAGCACUGAUAAGCUCUACGAAUAUGGAAGCUCCAGCCUGGAGUCAAUAAUUGGGCGCUACCAUAAACAGAAAGAGGAACAUCCGCUUAUGAAUGCAGCUUCAGAAGCCAAGUUUUGGCAAAGAGAAGCCACGGUCUUGAGGCAAGAACUUCAACAGUUGAGGGAAAUGCACAGGCAAUUGAUGGGUGAACAACUUUCUGGUUUUGGCAUUAACGAAAUGAACGAUUUGGAAAACCAACUGAAGAUGAGUUUAAAACGUGUCCAGGUCAGAAAAGAUCAAAUCUUAACUGAUGAGAUUAAAGAGCUACAGCAAAAGGGAAAUCAAGUUUGUCAAGAAAAUGUUGAACUUUAUGAAAGGAUACAAUUCAUUAGUAAAGAAAAUGCAGAGUUGAAAAAGAUUUGUGAAGCAAGGGUUAUAAAUGAUGAAAAUGAGAGUUUCAAUCCUCCAUGCACUAGCAACCUGCAGUUGAGCCAGCCACAAUCUCAAUCGAGUGAGCCACCAACCAAAGCUAUGGAGAUGGGCCAUGAAGAAUAUCGAAGGAAGAGUGGAGAAAACCGUCAGCUCCCCUGGUCUGCUCGCUUGCGUCUCCCUUCUCCUCUGUUCGGCGUGCUCUGCUCUUCCGUUUCGCGUCUUGCUCUGCGGCGUGUUCUCUGGUCCUUUCUCCGGCCGCGCCCAGGAGAAGAAGAAGAUGAAGCCGCCGGUGAUGAUGGACUGGACCGAUGGAAGGACCUCUCUGUUCGUUCCAGGUCCGUGUGCGCCGUCCAGCUCCUCCUCUGUUUUCUUUUCUUCGCGCAGCUCCAGCCUCCCUUUCGUUCGGCGUCGCGCGUGUGUGUGUUCUCUCUCUCUGCCGCCGCUCAGCUUUUGUUUUCCCCUUCGCUGUUUUUUAUUCGGCGUGUUCGGGUGUGUUUCUUUUUGUUGCCGCCGCGCCUCCUGGAGAAGAUGAAGAAUAGAUGA